CACAUAUUUAACUGAAUUUAACGGCCGAGUACUAGAGUGGAAAGCAAAUUCUAUUGCAAAUUUGUAAUUUGCAAGUUUGGUGAAUGAAUUCGAGAUGGGUGAUUCAGAAACUGACCUCUCACCUACCUUCUUGCUUCUCUACCGUUUUGUCCCCUUCGAAAAUCCUAAUCCGGCAGAGCCCAAGUUACCAAGUCUCCACUUUUCUCCUCAACCAUGUCGAUAUGAGCCUUCUCUUAUCCAUCUGCGGCAGAGAAGGCUGGUUUCCUUAUCUGGGUCCGUGUCUCCAUGCCUCCAUUGUCAAGAAUCCUGAAUUUUUCGAUCCUGUAGAUGCUGAUAUCCAUCGAAACGCUCUUGUUGUUUGGAACUCUUUGCUUUCUCUGUAUGUGAAAUGUGGGAAGUUAGGUGAUGCACUUAAGUUGUUCGAUGAAAUGCCCGUGAGAGAUGUUAUUUCGCAGAAUAUAGUGUUUUAUGGGUUUCUGAGGAACAGAGAGACUGAGUCUGGUUUUGUAUUGCUUAAACGAAUGCUUGGUUCAGGUGGGUUUGAUCAAGCGACCUUGACGAUUGUUUUAUCAGUGUGUGAUACGCCAGAGUUCUGUUUGGUGACAAAGAUGAUUCACGCUUUAGCAAUUUUAAGCGGUUAUGACAAGGAGAUUUCCGUGGGGAACAAACUGAUCACAUCUUAUUUCAAAUGUGGAUGUUCAGUUUCUGGGAGAUGGGUUUUUAGUGAGAUGGCACAUAGAAAUGUCAUCACUUGGACAGCUGUGAUUUCGGGUCUGAUAGAGAAUGAGUUACAUGAAGAUGGUCUAAGACUGUUUUGUUUGAUGCGUAGAGGAUUGGUCCAUCCAAACUCAGUAACUUAUUUGAGUGCUCUUGCUGCUUGUUCAGGCUCACAGAUGAUAGUGGAAGGGCAACAGAUUCAUGCCCUUUUGUGGAAAUUUGGGAUUGAAUCAGAAUUGUGCAUUGAGAGUGCGCUAAUGGACAUGUACUCUAAAUGUGGAAGCAUUGAAGAUGCAUGGAAGAUUUUCGAGUCCUCACAAGAAGUUGAUGAAGUUUCCAUGACUGUGAUAUUAGUUGGUUUAGCACAAAAUGGGUCAGAGGAAGAAGCUAUACAGUUCUUCAUUAGAAUGCUUCAAGCUGGUGUAGAGAUUGAUGCAAAUGUAGUCUCAGCUAUUCUUGGAGUUUCAUUUGUCGAUAACUCUUUGGGUCUAGGCAAGCAACUGCAUUCUUUGGUUAUCAAACGAAAAUUCUGCGGUAACACCUUUGUCAACAAUGGACUCAUUAACAUGUACUCAAAAUGCGGAGACCUGACUGAUUCACAAACUGUCUUUAGACGAAUGCCAAAAAGGAACUAUGUUUCAUGGAACUCGAUGAUUGCAGCAUUUGCUCGCCAUGGUCAUGGAUUAGCUGCCUUGAAACUAUACGAAGAAAUGACUACGCUAGAAGUGAAGCCUACAGAUGUUACCUUUCUAUCACUACUUCAUGCUUGUAGCCAUGUGGGGUUGAUUGAUAAAGGCCGAGAACUCUUAAACGAGAUGAAAGAGGUCCAUGGAAUCAAGCCCAGGACAGAGCACUAUACCUGUAUUAUUGACAUGUUGGGUCGAGCUGGUCUUAUGAAAGAAGCAAAGAGCUUUAUAGACUCAUUGCCUUUGAAACCUGACUGUAAAAUUUGGCAAGCGUUGCUUGGAGCUUGUAGUUUCCAUGGUGAUACAGAAGUAGGGGAAUAUGCAGCUGAACAGUUGUUUGAAACUGCACCUGAUAGCUCAGCUGCUCAUAUCUUGAUGGCUAACAUAUAUUCAUCCAGAGGAAAAUGGAAGGAGAGGGCGAAGACGAUCAAGAGAAUGAAAGAAAUGGGAGUGACUAAAGAAACAGGCAUAAGUUGGAUUGAAAUGGAGAAAAAAACACACAGCUUUGUGGUUGAGGACAAAAUGCAUCCACAAGCAGAGGCUAUAUAUGAUGUUCUGUCUGGAUUGUUUCCUGUUAGUAGACCUGAUAAGAGGUUUAUUCUCUGUUAUACAGGAGAAGACAGAGAAGACACAAGUGUCUUUGUUCCUUAACGCCUUCUCUCUACAUGAAUAUAUAUCAAGAGAAGAGAAAACCCAUGGCGUCUUGUAGAAGACCUCUGUAGAGGCUUUAUUGUUUUGUCUCUUUGUCUUAAUAUCUGAACAGUUGUCUGGUCAUAAGUUAACGCCUCAAAGGGACAAACUUAGGGGAGAGAGAAGGUAAGAGAUUCAGCAAUGGAAUGUCUUUGUGUAUUUGCUUCGGUACCUUAAAUCUCUUUUCUUCUCCAAUUCAAGAUACUCAAAUUCUCAGCGAUUCAUCCCCAGUUGCAGAGAGAAAAGCAGAGAUGAUCCACUCUCCAGCUCUUCACCUUACUCUAUACUCGGCAUAGAUCCAAGCUGCUCAUCUUCCGAGCUAAAGGCGGCUUUUCGUGCCAAAGUAUGCUUUCAAGAACAAAGUAUGUUUUGGCUUUUUCAUAUGUAUCGGUCUUGUUGACAAGUUUGUGCUUGUAAAGGUGAAACAAUACCAUCCUGAUGUAAACAAAGAGGGAAGCAACUCUGAUAUAUAUUAUGAUCCGUCGCAUAAUGCAGGCAUAUGAGGUCACUUUAACUUUGUUA